GCUCGCUUGCGGUUCUAUUACUCCUGUCAGCUACCGUCCCUCUAUCGCAAUCGUGGCUCGUUCGAUGCCCUGCGAUCUUCAGCAACCCCGUCGUCAGCGUUAUCCAGGCGACGAUGCGAGGCGACAAGAAGAAGGCCGAUACAACGCAAAUGGCGGACGGCACACUAAAGAUUACUGUAUUCUC